AUGAAGGCCCUGGUGUUCCUGCUUUUUCUUAAAGCAGCAUUUGCUGCAGCUGAGGAUGAGAAGGUUGUCGGGGGAUACGAGUGUCCCAGAAACUCUGUUCCCUACCAGGUGUCUCUGAACGUUGGAUACCACUUCUGUGGUGGAUCUCUCAUCUCCAGCCUGUGGGUGAUCUCCGCUGCUCACUGCUACCAGUCCUACCUCCAGGUGCGUCUUGGUGAGCACAACAUCGCUGUGAACGAAGGCACCGAGCAGUGGAUUGACGCCGCCAAGCUGAUCAGGCAUCCUCAGUACAACAGCUACAACCUGGACAACGACAUCAUGCUGAUCAAGCUGAGCCGCCCUGCCACCCUCAACGGCUACGUCCAGACGGUGUCCCUGCCCUCCCGCUGCCCCGUGGCCGACGAGAACUGCCUGGUGUCCGGAUGGGGCAACACGUCUGCCAGCGGAAGCAGCUACCCUGACAGACUCCAGUGUCUGAGGCAGCCAAUCAUUGACGACAGAAUCUGCAGGAACGCCUACCCCCAUCUCUUCACAGAGAACAUGGUGUGCUCUGGAUUCAUGCAAGGAGGUGCCAGCAGCUGCCAGGGUGACUCUGGUGGUCCUCUGGUGUGUGGCGGUCAGCUGCAGGGAGUCGUGUCCUGGGGUUAUGACUGUGCCAUGCAGGGACACCCCAGCGUCUACGCCCGUGUGUGUCGCUACAACAGCUGGAUAAAGUCCAUAAUGUCCAGCAACUAAACACCUGCAGCCAUUUCUACAUCCCCGAAUAAACCAACAUUUUAACCCCAAAGUUUAGCUGGAACAUGUGACGUG